CAGCCACCGGGCUCCACCACCAUCUCAUCAACUAUCUCUCGUCUCGGUUUCAGAGCCCGGCGACCGACCUACUUAAUUCUCAUCAAAGCCCGGCCCAGUCAGUGAACCAACUGACAGCAGACAAGCCUCGGACUCUCUCCAGCUUCCAGUGUAUCAUCUGCCACAGCAACCUGAGCUUAAAUGGUUAUGCUUCAAUGAAGGGGGACUUUUACUGCAUCCCUCACUUUCAGCAGCUGCUCAAGUCAGAGGGCUUUCACGGGGAAGAGUUUAAACCUGAGCAGAAGAGUAAUGGACCCUUGGAGGGAGACGGCGCUGAUCCCAAAGCCCAAGUUGAAGAAUCGAGAGGGCAACUGAGCAGGACAACCAACGUUGGGGAAACAAGUCAACGGGAUGUCAUCCUCAGUCCUGCCCACACUAGCAAGCUUGACCUUGAGCCGAGCGGAAAAUCAGGGUCACCCAGGAAGCUGAAAAUUACUUGGCCUCCUCCUAAAGAAGCCCAGAGGAUUGUAGACCAAAUCGCAAUGUUGAUAAUACUCAACGCCUACUACCAGCCCCGGUCAAUGCCUCUGAACUGGACCAAAGCCAACCCUUUGAGGACAACCCCAAGGAGUUUGAGCGAAAGGAGCACUUUGUUACAUCCGACCACAUUCCUUUAGGAUCGAGUGUUAAGCAUGGAAACGAGGACAUCAACGGAAAACCCGAACACACCAUGAGGGAGCUCAGGUCCUC